UUAGAAGAAGCACUGCAAAUCAUAUAUGAAAGAAACAUUAAGUCAGGUUUAGAAUAAUUUACAUUACAUUUGUAAUAUGCGUAUCAAAGGAAACGACAUGCUGAGUGAAUUUUAAAUAAUCAUCAUGAAAGCUCUUGUACUCAUGCUCGUUACGGAAAAAAUUGAACCAUAAAUAUGUACCUAAACUGAUUUCUGAUACGCUAAAAUCGAACCACUUACUGAAAAGACUCAAUUAUCAACGGACAGAAAUCUUGGAGACGUGAUACUGGUACAUGUACUAAAUAGAAGUGAAAUUACAAUCUCUGUGAAGAAAUCAUUGAAGUUAUACAGGGCAACAAAUGACUUGAAAAAUAAUAUAAAAGAAAAUCACAACAACAAAAAUGUAUAUCAAAGAAAACAUUUUGUUAUAAUGAAUAUAAUUUAUAGGAGAGUUGAAAAUACUGACCAUACUGGUAGAGACAUGAUUGUGAUGACACGUUAAGAAAUGUUUUCUUUGCUUUAUUUUCUAUAUCUGAAAUUUCGCGGGAUUUAUGAUAAGAGGCUUGUUCAAAAAGAUAUUCUAUAAUUGAAUAUUUCAUGCAAGCAUUUAAGAAAAAUGUUGCGACUGCUUUACGAAUGGAGGGUGCACUGGACGAAAUACUCGAACUAGUUGCGGCAGGUAGCGCGGCUGAAGGUACUUUUAAUAGCAAAAGUGAUGUUGACGUUAUGCUUGUUUGGAAAUGUUUACACUGUUUUGAGCUUAGCUGCAUUGAUACAUACAAACGGCAAAGGAAAGGUAUAUUUACUGCAGACAGAGUAAAUGCUUCUCCUGGAUAUUCGCUUUUGUUAGGGUAUAACUCGUCGUUUCCCAAUGUUACUGACAAUAAGAUCAGAAAUGUGAAUUUGCAAACAUGUGGUGAAUUCCAAAAACCAGUUUCAAAUAAAUUAUUCAGAAAAAUGUUGAAAAGAUAUAUGAAGAAAUUUCUUCGUAAACUCUUUAGAGAUACGUUUUUGGAAAAGCCGGUACAACAAUUGCUAAAAUCUGGACCAGCAAUUAACAUUGAAGAUCCCUUGCGGGAACUUUCUCGGUUUAUGUCAAUUGAUGUAGUUUUUGCAAUACCAUACGAAGACAGAACUCUUCUAAAGUCUUGGGUGGAACGAAAAAGGCCUAACGGAUGGCCCUCGCAAGAACUGAUUUCAAAAAUUUCAAAAAUGCCUGGUCAUUUGGUGCCUGUCGGACGGAAGGGCAGUCAGCUUGAGGAAUACGAAUGGAGAAUUUGCUACACAUUUGCGGAGAGACAAUUAAUGCGUUCUCCGAAUGAAGUGCAGCUGAUGUUGUAUCAGAGUAUCAAAGUUCAGUGCAAAAAUAACGUCAAAUGUGUGUCAUCUUAUAUAAUAAAAAACUUGAUUCUAUGGCUAGCAGAAGCAUUGCCACAACAUUUCUUUCAAGAAAAGAAUUAUUUCGCUCUUGAAUAUGCCACAAUGGCGACCUUAGUAUGGUGUGUAAAGAACGACACACUUCCAAGCUACAUGAUUCCAGAAAGAAACUUAAUUGCGGAUAAACUUACAGAAAAUGAAAAACAAACUAUUUUAAAGCAGUUAAAUGAAUAUUUAUCAGAAUGUUAUUAUGGUCCAUUUUUUGCGUCUUUGAUGAAAACUGAAAGCACUAUAUUGACCAAUGAACUUCUGAAAUUUUGUCAAAAUUUGAGAGAAAGUGAAAGGGUAAACUUUUCAGAACAGUACCAGAGGAAGACAAAUGAAACUCGUUUAAAUUGAAUAAUUCUGUUUUAAGAUUUAGCCGUAUUUUAAAAAGCCCAGCCUUCAUGCUUCUCAUCUAUUCGUUUAGGCUAUGCCACACGACUGGGUCACGUGAGCACCGUGAGCAACUUCCAUAUAUUGUUGUUCAAUUUCUUGCUGAUUGUAUAAAAGUAUACACAAAGAAAUUUGCAAGGAAUAAGUUACAAAGGAUAUAUGAUCACAUUACUUCACGGUUGUAUGGUUGUAUGAACAAUAUCACAAUGUGGAUUAGGAGGAAAGUGCCAGUAACUGUAAACGAAGUAAGUUUGGCGGUAGUUUUAUUUUGGCUACAUAUUACAACGAUCUGAGAUUUAUACAGACAUACAGGGGUAUUUUUCAGGUCAAUUAUUCUAGCUGUGAUGUAACGUAUGUUACAAGAAAAUAAACAUAGAAUUGCAGACAUACUUGUUGAUCAAGAAAAUAUGACCGACCGACCACAUAUCUUGCAUCACCAUGCACGUUUAAAUCUUAUCCAAACUUGUUUACUUUCCUACUGACAUCUAGUGUCUCCAUUUCGGGACAUUUCAUCAUUUUCUAAAUGUGUGAAUCUCUAUAGCUGCUACACAUUUGUUCCGAAACAUUGAAAUGUCGGUUUAAGAUAAGUGUCAUCAUUUUAUUUUGUCUGUGUUUCUGCACAUUUUAUCAUUAUUUUUCUGAGAACUUUCCUUUUUCAAAAAGGAUAUGCUUUGUUGGCACUGCAUUGUUAAAUUGUUUACUUCUGGGGUUAAGUAAAAUUUAUAUGGUUGUACUACAAAGAUGUUUAAUAUAUCAAGUUAUGGAAUACAGGAUCAGUCAUAGAUAGAUCUAUGUUUUAUAUCUAACAUAUUUUGCCCUUUAUUAUAUCAAUAGCUGUUUGGAGUAUAUUCAAGCCCAUAUUACUUUGUCGUUCGAUGUCUGAAAACUUUGGAAAUGCGGAUUCGUCUUUUUUAUCAAUUUGUACUAUAGGGGUCACUAAACUUACUUAGUAAUUAUAAGUCUAUAGUUUAACCUUUGACUUUGUGAUAUUAUGUAGAUGAAUGCAUUUAUUAUCUUGAAGGUUGAGUAAUAAUCAUGAACAUAGAAACUUUUGAAUACAGUGAGGUACGUUUGUGUAUUGUGUUGAUUUCAACUUAGUCUAUAUUUUCUGCAGUAUUUCACAUUCAUUGGUAUCAUGAGUGUUAUAGAUUCUCUUGUUUAAUUUUCCAUUAAGCUGAAUCAAGGGUAGAGCCUCAUUUGUGAGUCAAGUUUUCCCAGAGUUCUACGAUACUCAUAACCUCCACAACCCCUAAGUUGUAAAAGUAUUGACGGUUUUGUUCGAGGGCGAGAAAGUAAAUCCUACGCCAAAAUUAUGAAUACAAAUGUUAACAAUUACCUUUGUCAUCGUUUUUUUGUGUGUGUGUUUUUGUUUUGUUUUUUUGAAUGGCGUCUGUUUUUUUAGGGAAGUAAAUGGGUAAUAAAACAGCUGUGUCUUAUCACUGGCGCCAGACCAGAAAGAAAAUGCAUCUGUACAUGUUAUACCCUACCCCUAGGUAUUCUAUAAGAACCAUGGUCAUGAACGGGAAAAUAUACUAACCCGUUUCAAUUGUAAAUUUCUCAACUUAAACGCGCAGUUCGGUGAAUGGGUACCUAGUAUAUUGAACAAGCGAUAAUUUAUCUUCCAUCUUGCACCAGUCACAUUGUCUCAAUAUUCCAUAUUGCUGAGAUUAUCAACAUAUUUUAUGCUUUCGUCAACGCUACAGAAAAAAACUUGCUUGACCUUCCCUAAUGAACAUCCGGUCUAGAGGUCACGGGAGUGUGCACAUGUUUGGCGAAAUGUAAACAAACAAAAACAGAAUUUAAAAAAAUCACAUUUUUACAAUAAUAAACCCGAAAUGAUGAAUGAAAUUCAUCUUGUACAUGAUCUUCAAUUUGAAAUCGUACAUUGGUCUGCAUCUGUUCUGUUUAUUUUAUUCAUUUUGCACAAUUAUGCUGCAUUUUCACAUUUUAGCGAACACGUGUAGUAAAAUGACGAUUGACAUACAUUUUCACAUUAGCCAAUCAGAAUGGUUUUGAAAUCUAGAACGGAACUUCACCAGGGAAGUUCAAGCAAGUUUUUUGUGUAACGUUGAAAUAACUAUAAACUACGCAUUGUUUUUCUAAGAUAAAAUGUAUUGAAGAAAUGUGACCGGUACAAUGGAAGAUAAAUUACCACUUGUUUGAUAUCAAUAAUACACAUCUACCGAACUGCGUGAUUUAGGUAUGAAAUGCGCGAUUGAAACGGGUUAGUAUAUUUUCCCCUUCAUGACCAUGGUUCUUAUAGAAUACCUAGGGGUAGGGUAUAACAUGUACAGAGGCAUUUUCUUUCUGGUCUUGCGUCAGUGUGUCUAAUAUCCUGUCUGUACCAUAUUGCAGUAAAUAUGAGCGUAAGAUAACUAUAAACAUUUAAAAUUGUUUGUUUAAAUUACAUACUACAGUAAAUGUUUACUAGCAUACUAGAAAGUCCGUCACACCUUUUUCAUUAAAUGUUCAAGUCGUACAAGUAGUUAUAUUUAGUUUCGUAUAAUUAGCAGUGUUAUGAUAAUUUCACCUAACUACCAGCAAUGUGAAUGAUGUCUUGACCACUUCAGUUUGCUUUGAUAGUUUGCAGGAAAAAAAACGAUGAUAAAAUACCAGUGCACAGUGAAUAAAGUAAAGUUAAACAUUUCAUUAACGUCUCGUCACAUGUACAGCAUGUGAAAAAUCAUCAUAAAACAGAUAAAAGUACAACUGCCUUUCUUAACAAAAAUAUAAUAGAGGGGUAAGAUUAACUGUCUGACUUCAGAAAUUAAUAUUUAUAUGAACUGUUUCACUAUGGCAACAAUUAUUUCACAUUAGAACUGCCAAAAUGGUAUGAAGAAAAGCUUUGUAACCUACAUUAAGACUUAUAAAAGUUCAUACAAAUAAACGAACAUAGUCUUAUAAUAUUUGGAUUAAAAGGGUCAUAAUGCCUGAAGACAUAAUUUUUUUAACAUAAACUAUACUACCUUCUUGUUAAAUCUUACUUUUCAUUACUAUUUUUACAUAUAUAUCAAAGGUUUGUCCGUCUAUUACUGCAUCUAUUAUUUCCGAUUAUUCCCCAUUAUGAUGCCGACUGUUCAAGUUUAUAUGAGAUAUCAAACUAUGUGAUUAUGCAUAUUCUCCCUUUAUAAAGCUGCUCCGUAUAUAUUUUUGAAAUAAUAUUAAAAGCAUUGUGGAAAUUCAAAUAAUUUUCAGUUAAUACAUUUAUAAAACAUUGUAUACAGUGUUCUAGUUUCGUACAAAUGAACAAUUUGUGAAAGAAUAUAAGGAGGACAGUAUCUGUUGCAUUAACAUAUCGUAUGUUAUACUAAUAAAUUAGGUUUUCCCUUCAUGUUAUUCCAUUAGACUUGGACAUGUUAAAUAUUUUUGUUUUGGUUGUUAUGAUCUUGAACGCCAAACAUAUUCAGCACCAGUAAAUCAUAUUUUUGGAAACCGUCAAUUAAAGUUCCAGCCAAGUUAAUUAAAUACGUAGACAGUAUUACUAUCCAUGUUAGUUACCAGUUUUUGCAUAAAGUUUCUCCCUCCAGCCUUGUCAAAAUGUUUUCAACAGCCGAAAUAUCUUCUACAAUUCAGGUGCGUAGCUGCCUGUACGCAGAUACGCAGCUGCGUUGUAAAAAUCUGGCAAGCAGACACAAUUUAACUAGCUAAUUUAUUUGGUUGCGACAAGAAGUCUAUAUUAUAGCCCGAGUUUGAUAUGAACAUGUAGCGAACAAGUUCCUUAUCUAGGCAUUAUGUGUAUAGCAAACUGAUUUAUAUAAUUAGUUGAUUUAACGUGCAUUGAAAUUCACCAAUUAUAACACUUUAGGUACAGUUUUGCAAUUGAGUUCAUUACCCUACUAUGUGAUUGCUUACUUUGUAAUAAUCAUGACCAUGAAUAUUACAAUCAUGCGCCGUCUAUGACUACGGUUUAACGAGGCAAAUUUCUAUAAUAAAAUAAUAGUGAAAUGUCAAAAAUUGAUCAAAUGUUGGUUGGGAAAAAGGCAAGCCUAAAAGCUUUUGAAUAGGACUUUUGUAUAACACUGCAGACGUAAUUUGUCACACAUAAUAAUUAUUACGUUAUUUUCAGAUAACAUAAAUAUAUCUUGUAAUUGUACAUAAAUGUAUGAAAUUAACAAUUAUUCCAUGGUCACAACAUUGUAGAAAUUAAAAUGUAAUAGAAACUCAAAUAAUUAAACCCAGUUAAACACUAUUACGUAUUGAGCAGAUCUGACACCGGUACAAAUCAUACGAGUUUGCAGUAUCUGACAACCAAUUCACAGUGAGAUAGAUAUGUUCUUUCUUUAUAAUUUGUGAUUACAAAAUUUUCGAUGGCCUGAUAGGUAUCUAAAUUAUAUGUAUUGUAUUUCAGAACAUCUUAAACAACAUUCUAAAUAAAAUAUCAAAUCAAAAGUUCAGUGUCAUACUUGUUUUUAGAUGCCGUUGAAACAUAUCAACAAUCACGCUACGUUUUUAAUAUUUUUUAUGAUUUAGUAUCGUUGAGUACAAUGUCUACCCUACGCUAAUGUUAAAGCCUGAAGUUUUCGUACUUAAGCACUUCGCUAUUGUGAUCUCGCGCUUCGCCAUCAUGAUUUCGCAUCUUACGCUUUUCCAUCAUGAGAUCUCAGAGCGAACACACGAUGGCGAAGCGCAAAGUUGCUAAUUUUCGCGAUCUCGCUCUUCGCCAUCGCUAUCUCGCGCUUCGCAUAUCGCGAGAGAAGUGAUGCAUGAAGGGCAAGCGCGAGAUCACGAUGGCAAAACGACGAAAUGAUUAUAAAGGUAGAAACAUUUUGUAAAAUACUGUUUUGGAAAAAAAGAUAAGGGAAAUACCUAUAACGAAGCUGACGUUAUGUCGACGUCGCUGACCUUUGUCGGAAUUCUUUCCUUAUGUAUGGUAUCAGUUUCAGAUUUGGUACAUUUGUGUCAGUAUUAUCAAACUUAGCAUCACUUUGUUGAUUAGUUUAGUAUUCAGUUUGGAGUUAUGGCAAAAUCCUUGUAUCAACUAUCGUAUAUAUAAUCGAAUCAUAAUGAUAUUUUGAAACUGUGUCACUACUGAGGUUUUGUUCUGAAAUAAUACUUGCAUAUAAAAUUGUUACAUACAUAUUGUAUAUAUAACAUGGAUCGCUAAACCACAGAUUGUACGUGCAACUUUACGCACAUACCUAAUAAAA